GCUCUUUCGUCCAUUUUAAGAACCAGUCUCAAUCUAGUACAGACAAGAGACAACAUCUAAAAAAAAAUUUUUUUCAAGAUCAAGUUUGUAAACAUCAAAAGUUUUCUGUAAUCCUGAUGACCAACAUGCUGUUGUCUAAGCUCCGUGUCUUCAUGGCACUAUUAGAAGUAGUCAACGUCAAUGGCAUGACGGUUCCGUGGUCGAAAUCCAAUCGAAGUGACCACCAAGUAUUAUGUAAGGAUUAUGACUCCUACGUGGUCGGAUUUGGACUUAACCAUACCGAUGCUCUUACAAAUUUGGAAUCAGCCAAGUGCGAGAAAAUGCAGCGUGGGAAUUCAUCGGCGAUCGUAGUCGAAUAUGUUGAUUGGAAUAAAAAAAUAGAUAAGAACCAAGUAUGGCUCCAUUGCCCCAGCGGAUUCUUUCUUCAGGGUAUGCAGAUAUUUUUAAUUAAACCCACUAGAAUGCUAAACGGCAGAUGUUGUAAGCCUGCGAAGCACCCUUUUUAUUACCGUGAUUGUAAUAUUGUGGAGGUAACCGAUCAUCAAUUCAACUUCUUACUGAGUUGUCCACCAAAUCGCUCUGUAACGGCACUUCACAAAUCUCGCUGCGGUAAAAGCCAUUGUUUUGACAAAAUUUACUGCUGUCAGCUUAAGGACGAAGAAGAAGACAGAAGUUCUGAAGAAAUAAAACAAAAAAUAAUGGAAAAUAGUUUAACGAACUUGGCAACUCUGGCCAACAUGCUGGGUUACGCCUAUCCCCUAGGUGCUAGAGGCAUCAAUGUGGGAGAAGAUUUCCACAUGGAAGGAAAUUCCUGGGUUGCCAACAAACAAGACUUUAAUGGAAAAGAAUGUAGGAUACCAGGAUGUAAUGAAAGACUCACUAUUGAAUACAAAAACUGGUCUUUAGCCGUAAAAGACAUUAUAUAUGGUGAUAAGGUCAUUGACAAUUUAAGCCCUGAAGCUAUACAUAGUGGUGUAGAGUAUAACCACAUGAAUACAAGCUCGACCAAAACAUUUGAAUUUUCAAAGAUAAUAUCGGAAACUAUUGUGCACUCUAUAACCAGCAGUUUUACUACCAGUGCGGAAAUGUCAGCUUCGCUUGAUUUCGGAUUUAAAUCAUUUGGUGGGUCGAUCUCCUUGACAUUAGGCAUUGAACAUUCAACAACAAGUUCAAGUGAAGACAGCAAUAUGAAAUCUGUUUUGUAUAAAGCGUCUACGACCCAUACCAUUCCACCUCAGUCAGCUGCGAAAUAUUCGGCUGUAGUGAGCAAAGUUAGAACAACUAUUCCCUAUACGGCUGUCAUUGCAGCAAGGUUCAGUGUAAGGUUUACUGGCUAUUUGAGAGUCAGAGAAGGCUUGGAACAUCCUAAUUUCAACUUUCAUUACCGUUAUUCUAAUAUUCUCGAUAAAAAUAAGUGGAUAGAUUUUACAUUUGGCGAUACAUCUGAACCAUUCCACGCUGCUCUUCAACGAGCAAACCAAACUAAAUGUUUGCCUUGGCUCUGGAAUGAGAUAAAGCAGAAUUACAAUGACUCCAUUCCUUUAAUUAAUGAACUUGCAGACGAGAAUCAGUAUGCAUUCACAUUGAGCGGGAAACUGGAGCAUAUUGCUGGGUCAAAGAUCGAUGUCGUCUGGAAAGAAGUGAGACUACACCGCCGCUCUACGUAUGAUGAACUUGGAGCUGGAAAUAGCUGUCCCAAUAGAACCUAUAUCGCUAAAACAGGUCCGAGUGACAAACCUGCAAAGGUUAAUUACCCUAAAAUUAAUAUACCCAAGGCAAAACCUUCUGAAAUAAAACCUACUCUCGCGGAUUAAAACCUUUAUUAGGUCAUAGACAACCGUCUAUUAUUGCUUUGUGUCUUCAUGUGUGUCUUUGCAAUUGAUUUUUUCCUUUAAACAUUAACGCGCUUCUUUCUAAGUAAUAAAACACGCAAAAACCAUAGAGCCUUUUUUUUAAAUCAACGUUUCUCAAACUUUGCCAGUGGCACCAUCUAAAUGAGAAGAGUUUUGUUCGCGCCCAAUUUUGCUAGAUUAAAACAUCGGGGUGCACUGUAUGCUAUCACAGAGAGGACAUCUAGCAUUUCACAAAGUAAUGAUAAGGAAACGGCAUUCCUUUUAUCCUUAUGCAAAAAUAUUAUAAUAUGUUUAGAACCCACAUUGCUUAGUACAUGCUUAUUAAAGCUAGUCCAUACAUUUUAGUUUCGUAGAUAAGUUUAAAGUUUUCAAAUUAUAAAAAGGCUUUUUCCGGAGAUAGUAUUGAAGAGUCAAAAGGUUUAGGUCUGUAUAAGUCUGUUGGAGCACUGUAAUCCCAAUCUCGCGUUUGCGUUCUUAAGUUUAUCCUCGUCUAAUUUACAAUUCACUUUUUACUAUACUAUAUGUAACACGUAACUUCAUUUAAACAAAAAUUCUGGGUGGGUGGACGCGGUUCUCUAAAACGGCUCUAAUAAUAUUCCUAGAAAUUCAACAGUUGCUGCACUUGUAGGUCACACUGGGAAAUAUCUGACAGUUAUAACUUUUUUCAAAUACAAAAAAAAAAAAAAAAAAUUAAGUUAAAUUUGGUUAGACAAUAAAUAUUUACCUUGAACAAAUGAUACGUUUUCGGGUAUGCUAGGACAAAUUUGUACAAAGGCUCCUUCUUCCCUAGCGCUAUUAGAGCAUGGAAUGGGUUGCCUGAGCUAGCUAGGAAAAUAGUGACUUGGCAGAAUUUAAGUCAUUGAUUAAUAUGCAUGGUUAAAUGCAUGAGGCGCAGGACGUAAUCAUCUUCUUUUUUUUUUGAAGCAACGUCUGUAUUAUAUAAGAUAAGAAGAAUAAGAUAAGUUCUUGUUAAUAUUUUAAUGUGUUAAGCUUUGGAAAUAACAUAAUUUUACUUGGUUGAUAAUCAAACAUAGAUUCAGAGCUGCAAUAAAAAUACAACGUUUUUUCCCCCUCGAACAAAAAAAAAAAUUGUCCUUUCUCUUUGGUCUAGACUUUGAUGUCUUCUUGAGUGGAACUCGUGCCCCCGCGCGGGUCGUGUGCCACAGUUUGAACAACACUGUGCUAAACUAUCCUAUGUCAGAUAAUAUACUCCAACCAGAAACUUUGCUUUAACCCUUUUUCUUAACAAUUCAUAUUAAUAUGAAAGCACAUUGUAUGUCUACAUGAGCGCUGAAACUGCCACACACGUGAUUUGUUUUUCUUUUACCUUGCAAUUGUACAAUCUGGCAAUCUAAUCUCUUUCUGUUUAUUGAAUACUAUUAAAUUAUUUUUUUUUGCAUUCUAAA